UGUUGAAGGAGGCAUUUUUAUGUGUGAUUUUAACCCGGACGUCAGUCUCUGUGUGGAUGACAAUCACAUCCAAUUUAAGACGAGAGAGUCAGCUACAUUUAAGUGCUCAGGACUAAAUCUGAUUCUGCUUCGGUUACCCUAAGAUGGAAACAAGGAACGGACUUUCGCUGAUCUUAUUGAUAUUUGCUGCUAUGGUGGACGAAGCCUACCAGGACUGCGCUGCUGGGGCAUUCGACGAGACGUUCUCCAGGUUUAAAGUGACCGACGUCCUCUCGUCAACGGGGAACGAGCGGACCGUCACAUUUGGGUGUCGGUUCGGCUACCACUACGAGGACGAAGAUCCAACUCAGCCGAACUUUCUGCUGUCCCAGGAAACACUGCACUGCGCCAAUGGGGAAUGGGACGGUUUCCCCAGAAAAUGCUCGGCGAGUUACUAUACUUUACUGGAAGCUUUGGAUCACUUAGAUUACCGCAAUGAGUCGGCCUGGGAAGGGGAAAAACUCGAGAUUGAUUUUUUCAUAAAAAGCCCCAGCUUCAUCACAGAGGGACCCUUCGUGUACAAGGCUAAUGGAGACGAAGUGCCUAACGCUGAAAUGUCUGGCUUCUUGCGUCAAGACCGGGGAGUGUACUCGAGAUACGUCAGAUGGACGGCUUAUCUGACCAAAGAGGACACUGGCUACUACUACUAUCAUGAUAAGGAGGUUGCUUACUAUGAUAGACAGUUACGGCAAAUUGUGUCUUCCCCUCGAUAUGAAUAUUUCUACAUUGAAGUUUCUGGACCUCAAGAUGGCGAGUGGGGCGAGUGGACUCCGUGGGGAGACUGCACCUCGACGUGUGGAGUGAGUACUCGGUACCGCGAAAGGGCCUGUGACAAUCCUCCACCCUUGAACGGGGGUGCAGACUGCCCGGGUCCCGCUAAUAUGACCGAGGCGUGCCCGGUGGACCUGUGCCCGGUCCACGGCGGCUGGUCCGGGUGGGGCGCGUGGUCCGAGUGCUCAGUGACCUGUGGCGGUGGAAGCAUAACCCGCAGCAGAGCAUGCGACGAUCCUGCUCCCUCCUGGGGUGGGGAUGACUGCCCAGGGGAGGCAGAGGAGACGGAAGUUUGCAGCCCCGAUCCUUGUCCCGUUGAUGGUAACUGGGCCCCGUGGUCGACCUGGUCCGCUUGCAGUCGCACCUGCGGGGGUGGCACCACGGGCCGUGUGCGCACCUGCACCGACCCCGCCCCGGAGCAUGGCGGGUCUGACUGCGCUGGAGAGGACGCUGAGUUCACGGACUGCGGAGACGCCGCCUGCAGAACCGACGGCAACUGGGCCCAGUGGACAGAAUGGUCGCCAUGCUCGAAGACGUGCGGCUUUGGUAUCAAGACCAGAGAGCGCACCUGCAGCGACCCACCGCCUACCAAUGGGGGUGAUGACUGCCCCGGGGUGGGGAUACCGGACAACUACUUCCAGCAGGAGGAUUGUAUGGAUGUUUACGACUGCCCAGUGCACGGUAACUGGACCGAAUGGUCGGCAUGGGGUAACUGUACCUUGGCCUGCGGUGGGGGUGAGAUCGUAAGGAGCCGUAACUGCACCAAUCCCGUGCCGGCAUUUGGCGGCCGUUCCUGUGAAGGGAACGCAACGGAGGUCAUUCCCGACUGCAACCCGGAGCCUUGUGGCGUCGACGGCGCCUGGUCCGGCUGGUCUAACUGGACGUCAUGCACUAAGACGUGCGGGGGUGGUACCAUGUUCAGGAAUCGAACUUGCACCGAGCCGCCCCCGACGCACGGCGGGCUGGACUGCGAGGGAACCAGCGGUGACGCUAUGGCCUGUCACACCGAACGCUGCUUGGAUGGCGCUUGGACCCAGUGGUCACCGUGGUCGGUGUGCUCCCGGAGCUGCCGCGGUGGUGUUCAGGCCCGGUCUCGAUCCUGUACCGACCCCCGGCCGGGCCCAGGCGGCAGUGAUUGUCCCGACAGCAGCGACCCCAGGAGCUACAGUCAGUGGCAGAGGUGCAACGAGCAGCCAUGCCCAAUCCACGGUUUGUGGUCUAGCUGGUCAUCUUGGUCGGCGUGCCCUGUGACUUGUGGAGGAAGCUACCGUGUGUCCGUCAGGAAUUGCUCCCAGCCUGAGCCGCAGUGGGGCGGUAGGCAGUGCCCCGGGAAUGCAGUCAAGACGUGGCGCUGUAAAACUAUGGCCUGUCCUUUGUUUGGAGCACCAGAGGGCGUCGUUCUAAUCCCAAGUGACACAAAUGUCACCGUCGUUUGGAGUUUGCCAUUGGAAUACGAGUGGCCAUUACUCUAUUACAACGUACACUACAGAAAAAGACUAACUGGAAACGAAAGUCUCAGCACGGUCCUCCAUUCCAAAUCGGGCGUCCACCCUUACCGGAUAUACAACCUGACGUCGUUCAGGACGUUGCCGACCAAAGACAACAUCACAUUCUCCAUGACCGUGCGCGGGCUGUCGGCUUUCACCGACUACGAGCUGUGCCUGACGGCGACGUAUGGGCAUCACGCGGCCAUGAGCGGUCACAGUCAGGUCCUGGUCGUGAGGACUCUCAAACAUGCUUUCCCUGCUCCACCCAAUCCGGUAAUCAUCGAAUACGGCAAUUACGCCAUAGAGCGGGAAUACAAGGUGCUGAUUCGCUGGUCGGCCGUCACGUGGUCUAACUUCACCGCGCCCACAAUGUACCACGUGAUGAUCAGAGACAUCAAGAUGACCAUUGAUAAGCCUUGGAUUGUACUUGCCAAAGUUCCCACACAAAUCACAGGACAUCUGUUACGUGAUAGUUCAAGGUUCAACCUCCAUGACAACGUGUACAUUGUGCAAGUUGUGGCCAGUAACCAACACGGUAGCAGUCUACCAGCCGUGUGCAGGGAACUUGUGGAUUACUUAGCAGUGUUACGUGACGAAGAAUGAAUGAUUCAGAGUAUGCCAAAUCGAAGAAUUUGGACGAAGUAUUCCAGAAUGGGCCCGAGGCUCGCAAGCCUACUUGGAUACUACCAUCCAAAGCUGAUGAACCCAGCUCAUUUAUUUUAAACACGCCUUUUCCCGCUCUGUACACCCACAGGCCACACAUUGCUCCCAAAACACGUUGCUUUCACAAAGCUACCCACCUCUAGUUUGUUCCGUUUUCGUGUCUUUCCUGUAUCUGCACUCGGCGAUACUUCCCCCAAAUGACCAAACUAGACCAGCGAUUGGUCGACAACAUCGAAUGCCCCAACACACUCCAAACAGCAGAUGAACGCAAGCGUACGGGGUGCCUUUAAAAGCGCCGUAUCGAGGAGAGGGAAUUUUUUAAAUUGCGCCCUCUUCGGUUAGCUGCUCCCGGUUUAUGGGGGACACAAAACCCAAACAUAACACAUUAGGACCACAUUUAAGGCAGAAUUUAACUAUUUAUUAGCCAUUUUGUUCUUGGAUAGAAAGCUUCUCCCCUAAAUCCAAACAAGGUUAGUUGCAUAUAUUGACUGCUUUGUAAGUCACCGUAAGAUAUUUUUAGAACUGUCAUUUUGAGCAAUAUAAGUACAUGUAUCUACCAUGCUUAGCAUGAAAUAAAACAAAACUGGCGAAAAGA